AUGUCGACGAUUACAGCAGACCCAAAGAUCACGGCACUCCAAACUGGGGGCCAUGGACUCGGACUCAGCUCCGGGCAGCGAGAGUCGGAGUACGACCUUCUAGAGCCCUACGAGUCUAUGCCAGAGGCUAUAGUCGGCCGCACUGUAUGGACGAAGGAAGAUCUGGAAGCUGAUAUCCGUCGCUGGCUCCGAGUUUUCGUACCUGACGAAGUCAUUCACAUUGAAAGGGCUGUUCAUGACAUCGGAAAUAAUAACUUGCAACUUUCCGAAGUCGACAAGUCGACGUUCAUCCUUCCCACGUCGUUUGCCUGUACUAUCGCGUCAGUCAGAGAUGAGCUCGUCAAUGGCAUUGGCUUCGUCGUGCCGAGAGGUCUUCCCGUAGACAGUUGGACUACUAGACAAGCCUCGAUCGCGUACCUUGGCUUGGGCUCCUACAUCGGACGUCGCCUGAGCCAGAACCGCCAAGGCCACAUGCUGGGGCACAUCAAAGAUCUGGCCGAGGGGAAAGAGAUCGAUGGCGAGAGAAGGAUUUAUCGAACUCAGAAGGCGCAGACCUACCAUUCUGAUGAGAGUGAUAUCGUCGGGCUGCUCUGCUUGCACAAGGCUAUGGAGGGUGACGUUCUUCGGCAAUUGUGUUUGCCACAUUGGUUCUACGAUCGAAAAGGCGAGACGAGCGAAGGAGAGAACGAGUGGAUGCGCACGCCGGGAUUUUACUACUACAAGGGCAAGCUGAGUAUGAAGUGGGACUCGUACUAUGUGGGAGCACUGCAGAGAUUCUGGGAGGCAGGCUUACUGCUAAAGUACAGUGACGCGCAGCAAGAGGCUAUCAAGGUGAUGGAAGAGAUGUGUCAUCGGCUUUCGCUGGAGAUGACUCUGCAGGGCGAUAUGCAGUUCGUUAUGAACACGCACAACCUGCAUGCGCGAUCGGCAUAUAAAGACGACAAUGAUGUCACUAAGAAGCGAUGGUUACAGCGACUGUGGCUUGCCACCUCAGAGGAGGAAGGCGGGUGGGCCUUGCCAUUUGCAGAUUCCAAGUAUGCUGAGGUGGAGAGUAUUACUGGUGGGGAAAGCAGUCAGCGUUUCGUUAACUACAGCGUCAGCAAUCUGCACCGAUCAACGCAUCAGUAUUGGGAGGAGUGGCAGGUUAUAAAACUCACAUUGAUCAGAACAACAAUCCAAACGACCCAUCUUCUUCCAAAUCGAUUGGCAAUCAACUCAGCGAAGUACGGAGAUAUCAACCCAGGAAACAACGCAGCCGAAUUCAUGUCGUCUGAAGACCAUUGA